CCAUGAGAGAAUGACAUGACGCGUCCGCUCUCAGGUGUGUACUCGGUGGCCAGUCACAGCGUGAAACGUGCGGGGUUUUAAAAAUCAUCAGUUGGGCUAUACUUUCUUCUUAGGUAACACAUUCCGAACAUUACGCUCCCCGAAUUGGCAUCUACACACUCAAGGCUUAUAUGGAUAGGGGAGUGCCACAUCUUUGGAAUUGGAUCGAUGCUCGUAUUUAGUAUUCAAAGCAAGAGAGCUGCCAAAUGCCAAAUGUCUUUGUUGUAUUACUGCAAUUUGAAACGCUGUUUGACCAAAUGUUCUGUUGUGUUUGGUACGUUUUUAUUGGCCUUUGGGAUGCUCACUCUUUUGCAAACGUUCCCCACUAUGCAAUUGAAUUGCACCAAUCAACUGGAGCAACGAGAACAUUGGCCUUCCUACUGGGACAUCCUCCUGGAUUCAGAGUCUUUAACGGGCGCCCAGCUUUUGAAUUACGCACUGUGGACGAAUCGCUCAUCGUGUAAAUUGGCUCACGAUUUCGGAGGGCUCAUACUCAGGAAUCCUUCAGGAAUCGAUGGACAAAAAACAGUUUGCAUCGAUCCUGAAGUGGCUCCCGAUCCCGACGAAUGUCUCGUCUACUCUUUCGGCAUCAACAACGAAUGGUCGUUUGACGAGGAGAUUCGAAAUUACGGAUGUGAAGUCUUUUCUUUCGAUCCUUCGAUGGGAGUUGAUCAUCACGACCACGGUCCCGGCAUCCAUUUUUACAACUGGGGACUGGGCGACAAGGAGGAGACAUCUGUGAAAGGAUGGACCAUUCGAUCGCUCUCUUCCAUCUACAACAACCUGACAGCUCGUCAUGGUAAGAGGAUCAUCGAUUAUUUGAAAAUCGAUGUCGAGUCGGCUGAAUGGAAAGCUCUGCCGCAGAUGAUGGCGUCCGGGAUGCUGUCCAACGUGCGUCAAUUAGGAAUAGAGAUUCAUUUCGGAGUCAAUGAAACGAUGGCUAAGAAUCGCGAAUGGGCCAAACUGUUGAGAUUGAUCGAGAAAAUGGGAAUGGUCCGAUUCGAUUCGAAAUACAAUCCAUGGUCGAUGGUGAACUUCACGCAAAUUGCGUUGUUCAAUGUGCCUUUUGCCUACGAAAUUGCGUGGUAUAAUAGUCAACUGUUGCGCGUGUCGAAUUAAUGUCUCUCAUUUUUCCUAUGAAGGCUUAAAUAUACAUAACUGUAUAUACCGUGUAACUGCCUAUACUUGAUAUUUUAAUAGC